AGUGUUUGAUCCUUGCUCGCUACUUUUAGAAGUUUAAAUUGGGAAUGUUUGUGCAAAUGUGCGCUGAUAACUUAAUGAACUGGAAUAAAGAUAAUGUGAGUUGAAGGUAGGUGGAGGCCUUUACAGAUGGCACCAGUGUCGUCUCCCCAUCACCAGUAGAGCCAAUGGAUGUAUAAAGACAACUGGAUACAGCAUUGGAGGCGGUUCCCCAUUCGUUCCUAUGAAAGUUGCUUAGUGGUGCAUAAAGCCAAUAGCGUGUGACUUCCUGAUCUUGUGCUUGUUUGGGCCCAAUGAGCGCACGAGAGACUGAGACAGAGUCUGUGCAAUAAUGAUCUCCCACCCAAACAUCUGUCCAAACUAAAUUGCUUCCCAUGUUUGAUUUAUAUUUAAUAGUGUAUAAUUUAAUCGUUCAUGGUAAUAAAACAGCCUUGGGGUCAUGUUUACUGUGAGAAAUUAGUCACCAAUGUCCUCAUGAGGACGGUGAAUUGGUAGCUGCUGUUGUGAAGAUGAUGUCGACUAGCUGACACACUCUUUAUCUUAUGUACACACACACAGAAACACAAAUUAUUGAUAUAGUCAUGUCUGAUUCCCUGUUCUUGCUGGACUUUCAGACACCUGAUUGUAUGUGUUAAUGUGAUUUCAACCCUUUGAAACCUGAGAAAAUUGUCUUGAAUUCCGUGAAAAACAUGGGAAGAAGUCAACGAGCAACUUGAGAAGAAAUUAGUAAAAAAGUACAAGAAAAAUACCUUAAAAAUAGCCCAACAAAAAGAAAAGUGCAAGAAAAUGACCUGAAUUUUUUUUUUAAAAAAGUCCAAGAAAACUACCUGAAAAUUAGCAAAAAAUAGUUACAAGAAAAAUACCUUAAAAUAGUAACAACAACAAAAAGUACAAAGAGAAAGAAAAUGACAUGAAAAUUAGUGAAAAAAGUCCAAGAAAAAUACUCAGAAAUGGGCAAAAAAGUAGAAAAAGGUACAGGAAAAAUACCUUUAAAAAUAGCCAAGAAAAAAAAAAAAGUAAAAAGUUCAAGAAAGUGACAUGAAAAUUAGUAGUAAAAAGUACAAGAAAAAGACCUUAAAAAUAGCAACAAAAAAAAGGAAAGUAAAAAGUGCAAAAAAAGACCUGAAAAUUAGCAAAGAAAAGUACGAGAAAACUAACUGAAAACUAGCAAAAAAAAAGUUGAAAAGUGCAAGAAAAUUAUAUGAAAAAAGUACAAGAAAACUACCUUAAAAUAGCACACACAAAAAAAGAAAAGUGCAAGAAAACAUGAAAAUGAAAUGAACAUGAAAAUUAGUGAAAAAAGUACAAGAAAAAUGGCAAAAAAAAGGUAACGUGACGUGAAAAAAAAAGAAAACUACCUGAAAAUUGGCAAAAAAAUAGUUAAAGUCCAAGAAAUAUACUCGUAAAUUGGCAAAAAAAAGUAGUAAAAAGUACAAGAAAAAUACCUUUAAAAAUAGCAAAAAAAAAAGUAAAAAGUGCAAAAAAUGACCUGAAAAUUAGCAAAGAAAAGUACGAGAAAACGAACUGAAAAUUAGCAAAAAAAAAAAAGUUGAAAAGUGCAAGAAAAUUACAUGAAAGUUAGCAAAAAGUACAGAAAAAAUACUCGGAAAUUGAAAAAAACAAAACAAAAAUAGUAUAAAGUACAAGAAAAAUACCUUAAAAAUAUGGACAUUUUCCCUGGCUUAUUUUUAAUUAUUGUUUUUAUUAUUUAUAUGAUUAUUAUUUUCUACAUCUUCUGUUUUCUUGCAGUUUGUGGGACGUGUCUUGCCACAAGUUUUUUCCUUGUCUGAAGAAAAUUAAAGCAAGUUGCUCAGGGUUCAAAGGUUUCAAUACUUGUGACAGAUGUCUGAAAGCAGCACAAGACAAGUGAUGUCAAUCCAGGUUUCAAAAGUUGAAACUCAAACCAAACAUGUAGGUGACCGUAUUGUAUUUACUUUGUGCUUCUGUACCCUGGUGAAGAGUCCAAAUCACACACAGUUAUUUGUUGGUAUAAUUAGCUGCAGGAGGGUUUAGGUCAUCCCUCCACCCCUCUCUUCCUGUGAUAAACACAGAGCAGACAUGAAGUGAGAUAAACAAUCACACAUUCACAAGAGAGCAAACAGGAGGAGAGCUCGUAGACGUAGCAUGAGCCCUACUGUGAUACGACGAUGUCUCUGUUGGAGCUGAUACAAGAGGGUCAAGAGGUGCUGACCGGACUGCUCUACAAUCUGUCUGCGUCUAUCAGUCUGUUGACCCGACACUCACACAGCAGGAGCUGUGCACUGACAGAUGACAUCAUGCAGAGGGAGGAUGGUCCUCUGUGUGCAGCAGAAAUCGGCUCCGAACUCCAGAAACAGUUCGCCAUCCUGCCAGGGGGCCGCGGGAUGAACGGCAGCCCCAUCAUCGUCUUCCCAGAGUUCCCCGAUUUCAGCGAGCUGGAGGAGGAGGAGAUCCAAAAUGUCCUUGGCUACCUCAGCAGCAUCCCCAGCGUUGCAGCAUCAGGAGUGGGAUUCAUCCUGGUCAUCGACAGACGACUGGACCGAUGGGCCGCUGUCAGGGCUACCCUGCUCCGCAUCGCAGGUUCAUUUCCAGGGAACUUACACUUGGUUCUGGUGCUGCGUCCCACUACUUUGCUCCAGCGGACUCUGUCAGACUUCCUGUUCAAGUACAACAAGGAUGAGUUCAAAAUGAAGGUGGUGAUGCUGAGUUCGGUGACUGAGCUCCACGCCUACAUCGACCCCGGACAACUGACCACGGAGUUGGGAGGCUCGCAGGAAUACUGCCAUGACAGCUGGAUCUCACACCGCACUGCAAUCGAGGCGUUCGCCCUCAUGGUGAAGACCACGGCUCAGACCCUGCAGGCGUUUGGCACUGAGCUCGCAGAGACAGAACUACCCAACGAUGCCGAGGCCACCACCAACCUGCUGCACACACACACUCUGAAGAAGGAGAGAAUGAAGGAGGACCUGCAGGUGGCGCUGUCUCAAGGGGGACGUCUGUUGGAGUGCAUCAAUGAGCCUCUACAGACAGACCCUGAGUACAGCAUGACCUACGAUGAAGUGGAAAACUUAGCUACUGUACAGAGACUCCUUGGUCAGCUGGACGAAACAGAGACAGCGUUCGACGACUUCUGGGAGCGUCACCACACCAAGCUGGAGCAGUGUUUACAGCUCCGCCAUUUUGAAAAGCACUUCCGUGAAGUGCGCGCCCAGCUUGACGUGACAUCCGAGCGCUUGUCUGGUUUCUCAGAGGUCAGCAUAAGCCCCGCCCAUGCUGAGCACGUUCUCCGAGAGCUCAGCGGCCACGAGGACAAAGCCUGUGACGCACUAGACCGUGCCAUGUCCCUGGCUGGUGAAGGUGACAGGCUGAUAGAGAACUCCCACUACGCCGAGGACUCCAUCAGGCCGAAAUGCAGCGAGCUGAGAGCAGUGUGCGAGGAGAUCAACUCCACGCUGCGGAGCAAGAAGGGCCUACUGCUCAGGGCCAUGGAGCUCCACCACGCUCUGGAGAAGGCGUCACGGUGGUGUGAGGAGGGCAUCUUCCUGUUGGCCAGCCAGCCAGUGGACCGCUGUCAGUCUCAGGACGGAGCCGAAGCAGCGCUGCAAGAACUGGAGCGAUACCUGGACACGGCGCCGCUGCACACCCUCACCGACCGCAGCGCCAUCUGCUGCCAGUAUGAGGCGGUGCUAACUACUCAACUCAGGGACCAGAUAGAGAAAGUUUUCCAGAAGCAAAGUUCUGUCCAGGAGAUGUUUGAGAAGAGACGUGUCAGCCUGAAGAAACUCGCUGCUAAACAGACCCGACCAGUCCAGCCAGUAGCACCGAGGCCUGAAGUGAAGUCACCACUCUCCUCUCCCAAUCAACAGAGAAAAGAGAGACGAUACUCCGCAGACAAUGCCAUCAAAAAGGUGGAGUCUCCCCUUCAUAACGGUGGCACCAGACAUGCUUCUCUCUCAGAGGAAGAAGAAAACCUGGCAGUGCUUCGGCGCCACGUGAUGAAUGAACUGCUGGAGACGGAGAGAGCGUAUGUGGAGGAGCUACUGUGUGUGCUGGAGGGCUACGCAGCUGAGAUGGACAACCCUGCCAUGGCUCACCUCAUCCCCAGCACCCUGCUGAGCAAGAAGGUCGUCUUGUUUGGCAACAUGUCGGAAAUCUACGAGUUUCACAAGAGGACAUUUCUAAAGGAACUGGAAGCAUACACUGACUGCCCAGAGCUAGUGGGCCGCUGCUUUUUAGAGAGGAUGAAGGACCUACAGAUCUACGAGGCGUACUGCCAGAACAAACCUCGCUCUGAGAGCUUGUGGAGACAGUGCUCCGACUGUGCCUUCUUCCAGGAGUGCCAGAAGAAGCUGGAACAUAAACUUGGUUUGGACUCCUACCUCCUUAAACCUGUCCAGAGAAUCACCAAGUACCAGCUACUGCUCAAGGAGUUGUUGAAGUACAGCAAAGGCUGUGAUGGCUGCGAUGACCUACAGGAAGCACUCUCCUCCAUCCUGGGGAUCCUGAAAGCCGUUAACGACUCCAUGCACCUCAUCGCCAUCACAGGAUACGAGGGUAACCUGUCAGAGCUGGGUCGCCUGCUGAUGCAGGGCUCCUUUAGUGUGUGGACGGAGCAUAAAAAAGGUCACGCCAAGGUCAAGGACCUGGCUCGGUUCAAGCCCAUGCAGAGGCACCUGUUCCUGCACGAGAAGGCGCUGCUCUUCUGUAAGAAGAGAGAGGAGAACGGCGAGGGCUAUGAGAAAGCGCCGUCCUACAGCUUCAAACACUCGCUCAGUAUGAGUGCGGUGGGCAUCACAGAGAGCGCCAAAGGAGACAACAAGAAGUUUGAGAUCUGGUGCAACUCCAGAGAUGAAGUUUUUAUCGUCCAGGCUCCGACACCAGAGAUUAAAACAGCGUGGCUGAACGAGAUCCGUAAAGUUCUGACCCAACAGCUCAAAGCCUGCAGAGAUGCCAGUCAGCAGAAGAGCUCCGACUCUGUCUCCCCGAGUCCCACCAGCAACACCUCCAUCUCCCUAAGUCCCUUUCGUAGCAGCGGCCAGAAAAACCAGAAGAAGCAAGAGGAGAAGAAGGCGGAAACGAGCUCGGUGUCCGACUCCUCGUCUUCACCCAAACAUAAAGAUGAACCAGUGACCAGUCCGACCACUGACAGGUCUUCAGUGGCUAAAAAGCGUUUUACUUUGCAGGGCUUCAGCAAUCUCAAGAGUCCGAAAGGCUCGGCCCUUAGCCCCGAGCACAGCUCCAAACGCCACUUGGUCAAGAGUGACCCCACACCCUUUGGGUUCAAAGGCUGGAACAAGGCGUCUCUCUCGGUGGACGCCUCCGAAGAGAACGAUGGGUACUCCAGCGGCGAGGACCCCAUGAACUCUGACCCCGAGGAUGAUGUAGGAAGGAAGCUGGCUCCAGGGAAGUACACAGUGGUGGCAGACUGCGAGAAGGCGGGACCUCAGGAGCUGUCUGUCAAGAGUGGAGACAUGGUCCAGCUGAUCAGAGAAGGAGAGGAGGGGCAGUGGUUCGUGAAGAACCUCCGCAGCAGUAAGGAGGGCUGGGUGGCCGCCGCAAACCUCCUCAGCCUCAUCUCAGAGUCCAAGUCGUCCCAGUCACUCAGCAGCUCAGAUGGCAGCGUCUCCGGGAACCUCAGCACUUCCUCCAGCUGCAGCGAGACCUACACCAGCUUCUCCGACAUCAAACCCUGACCUCCGAGCACUGAUUUCUGUGUGGAAUUACAAAAACCUCCAGGAGGACAGAAGCAAAGUGUUUCGUCACGGACCAUCAACGUCACAGUUUGUCGGAUCGAACCAAAAAUCGAAACCAUCACUGUAUCUGCGAAUGUUACCAGUGUAUUUACAGCCACCUGUGAGUCUCAUGCAAACGGACAAUAGCUCUUCUUUUUAUCUUGAACGUGGGUAGAAGUUUAAGUGGCAGAAAAUUCAGAAAGCAUCAGGGAAAAAUAGUUCCUCGACACAUGUUACAGUCAUGUCCAGUCUUAUAUUUAAUCCCUUAUAUGUAGCAUUGAAGGCGACACGUUUAAAGAAUAUCUGCACUAAACGUGAGCUCUCACCAGCUCACCAAACCCCUUCAAGUGGAUAACAUCGCAGCAUAGCGGCAGAUUCUUGUGUGAAACAUGGACAGGUACAGAUACUAUCAGACCGGUAUUUCACAUGAUGCUUUAGUGUCAAACAUUAAUCGUACACUGUGAAAACUGGCAGCUGGCUGCAACAAGAAGAAAUGCUUUGGGUGCAUCGUGGAGCAUCUGUGAGCAGGUCAGAUGUGCAGGGCGCGUUACUGUAAGUCUUGUUUUUGUAUGUGGGAGACAUACUGGGUGAAGUGUGUUGAAUCCCUUGUAGUUUCUGGCGGGCCAGUGGUGUCAAAGUAGUUUUCAUUUCUCAUUCAAGGAUGCUGUAUUCCUUCCUUGUUAAUAAGAGCUUCCUGUUCCCUAGUUUCACAGUUUAUAAGAAGUAUCACCGGGUGAAUGUCACCAACAGCACGACCUGGUGGUCAGAUGUCAUGCACUUCUCCAGCGACACAUACAAAUCACUUACACAGAGUGCGGCAGCUUGGAACAACUUUUGAACCUCUUUCCCCCAAGAGUAAUCGUCUAACUCGCCUCUGAACUGCUCUGGAUUUACCUCUCAGGAAGCCCAAGAAGUUGCGUGGGCAGGCAGGUGUGACUGCAUACCUGCUUGUGUUGACUACAUGUCUUUGUGUGUGAGCAUUCCUGCGCGUGUUGUGCUUCAGAACAAAUCCAACAAGCUGAUGUCACAGGCUCCCAGGGUGGCUAUUUGGCCACAGACAGCAGCUGGGUCAGAAAAGUUCCCAUUUAUGGGAUGUUUUAGCGACGUCAUGCAUUUACCUGCUGAGCAAAGUUAAAGGGAUAGUUCAGAUUUUUUGAAGUGGGGUUGUAUGGGUUACUUAUCCAUUAGCAGUGUAUUACAUACAGUAGAUGUCAGUCAGCACACCCCCAGUUUGGAGAAGCAGGCUGGAGUCU